AUGUCCACGGCAUCUCCUGUUCUCCUAAUCCUCGGCGCAGGGUCUAAUGUCGGGGCGAGCGUGGCUAAAUCCUUUGCAGAGAAGGGUUACAAGAUCGCUCUAGCCUCUCGAACAAUCAAGGAGAACAGCAAUUCGAGUGAAUUCCACAUUUCUUGCGACUUAUCUGAUCCCCUCUCGCUGCACAAUGUGUUCGGCAAAGUGAAAGAAACAGUAGGCAUUCCGAGUGUUGUUGUAUACAAUGCUGCUGCUGCCACCCGGGCCAAUCUUGAAGAUCCCCUUCUGACCCCCUUGGCCGACUUUACCCAGAAUUUGAAUAUCAACACAACCAGUGUGUACGCUGCGGCGCAGGAAGCUGUGAAAGGCUUUGCAGAACUUCCAGCCGACGCCUCGAAAACUUUCAUUUACACCGGCAAUAUAUUGAACUUACAGAUCCUCCCACCACUGUUGGACUUAGGUGUUGGGAAGGCCGCUACGGCGCAUAUCAUUGAAUACUUGGCUGCCUCCUACACCUCUCGCGGGUUUAAGUUCUAUUAUGCUGAUCAGCGGAAGCCUGAUGGAUCGAGUAUAUCCAUCGCUAUUGAUGGAGAGGCGCACGGAAAGUUUUAUGUCCAACUUGCCGAGAUUAAGUCGCAGGAUGACUGGCAUCAGACCUUUGUCAAGGAUAUUGGGUAUCAACGAUUUUGA